AUGAUGCGCAAUCAAGUUUUCUUCUUUUAUCUUCUAUUACCUUUAUUAAUUGAUGGUAAGCAAGAUUUGGAUAGAAUCGAGGAAGAAACACGUUUAAUACGUGCACUUUUAAAAGAAAGAGAUUAUCUAAAAAAAGUUCGCCCAUCACAAAAAGUCAUCGUUGACUUUCGUCUUGUUUUCAACCAAAUUAUAUCCAUGGUGGAAAAGGAACAGAUUAUUGUUACCAAUUGUUUUGUCGAUCAAAAAUGGACAGAUCUUCGGCUUAUGUGGAAUCCAUUGGAAUUUAAUAAUAUUACUUGGAUUCGAAUGCCAGCUGUAUAUGUCUGGUAUCCAGAUACAUUUUUAUACAAUACAGCUGAUAAUGCUGGCUUUCUCCUUCCACACGAUUCACAGAAUGUGAUUGUAAGUCACAAUGGUACCAUAUUUUGGCCAUUGCCGUUGGCACAAUUACGUACUCGAUGCCGAAUGACUAUUAGACACUUUCCUUUCGAUGAGCAAACCUGUGAUAUGAUAUUUGGUUCGUGGAGCCAUACAAGUUCGUUAAUACAUUAUCGAUUUUGGGAAAAGAAACCUGAACUGCCACAAUAUUCACCCAAUAAUGAAUGGAAAUUAUUAGCAGUUGCACAAUCAAUAAAAACAGUUGAAUAUCCGAAUUGGGUCGAACCAGAUACAUUUUUUGAAAUUAAUUUUACAAUUCUAAUUGUACGAAAACCUUUACAAGCAAUUUACAAUACUGUUGUGCCGGCAUUGAUGCUAACGACAUUAACGCUUGUGUCAUUUUUUAUUCCCUUCGCACAAGAAAUGCAAAUAGGCAUUAGUAUUAUGUUAGCUUAUUCCGUAUUUAGUUUACGUUUAUCCGAAGAUGUCCCAUCGCAAAGUGACAGUGUCCAUUUAAUAAGCUUAUAUUUAACUAUUUGCAUGUUCUUCUCAUUGUCGGCAAUGACUUGGUUUGCUGUAGCAAAUAAAUUACGCGAAAAGAAACGUUUACCAUAUUGGCUUCGUUGGUUAGCUCUUGAUUACAUGUGUUGGAUGGUAUGUGCAACAAGUAUGCAUAGAAAAGCAACACACAAUGCAAAACAACCAUCGAAGACUUCAGCAGCACCGCCAUCGAUCCCCGUUAUAAUUCCGUUACGACCAAUAGUGACAGCGAAUUCAAUGGAAAACUGUAAUCAUUCUUAUUCACAACGAAUGUUUUUACCCAUCGCCGCUUCAGAUAAUUCUUUACUUCGUCCAUCAACACCCUCGGUAUGGAUUCGGCGAACACUAUCGAACACUGAAAUAACAACAUCGAACGGACCCGAAAAUAGACAAAUGAAAUAUUCAUUUAGAGAAGGACCUCAAUUAAAAAAUUCUACAUCAUCGAAAAAUCAGGAAAGUCUCUAUGCUGUACAUAUUAUUAAUCGUUUCGUUUUCUUAAUAUUUCUGUUCAUUGUUAUCAUAAUUAAUAUCUACACAUGGUUUUUCUAUUCACGAACUGUUCAAACAAAAUUAUUCGAUAAUCAAACUAUAUGGACUUGUUUUGAUGAAGAUCGUCUUGAAGUUGUCAAUUGUAAUGAAGCAUUGUAA